AUGUCGGCCGUUCAGACCCCACCCAACCGGCAAACGAGGUCAGUAGUAAGAGGCAAUGAUGAUGAGACUUCAGGGGAGAUCACAGGUGAUGGGACAGCCAGCAACGACAAUAACAAUGAUGGAGAUAAUCAAGUCGAUGCAACCCAGGUCCAGACCUCUUCACAGGCCAAGAACAACACGUCAGGGGGAUCACAGCCUCAACGCCCACAAAAGCCCAGGUCCAAACGGGGCAAGUACAUCUCUAAGGCUUGCAAUGAAUGUAAGAGACGUAAAAGCAAAUGCAAUGGACAGAAUCCAUGCGCGCGAUGUGUCCAGCAUUCCAUCAACUGCAUUUAUGCUCCCUUCACUUCGACAAACCAGUCAGAUUCAUCCACCGAGGUUAUUAAAUCACUAAGUCAGCAGGUAACUCAGCUCCAAGACAACCUUCAUGAGCUGCGAAAAGACCGCCAUACCAGCGUUGUAACAGCCGAAAGCCCUGGACAAGGGCCAGAGUCCGCGCCACAGGCCUCCUUGGGGCGACCCCUUUCUCUGUCAACAACCGCCCAGGAUGAUACAUCUGAUCUUACGAUACAUGCACAUACAGUACCUCCAACAAUCGCGCCAUCGUCGGCUAGUCAGUCACGCCAGCCCGCUGUCAACUACACCUUCAACCUGGAGCUCGCCAGACAGCAUCUCCGUGUCCAAGGCUCGAGAGCUGGGGACUCUGAGUCUUCUGACCCUGCCAAUAUAUCCGAACCACUACUUGAUGGACCCCUAAUAGCGCCCGACUCAUGGAAUUUCACCAAGUCAACCAUAGAUCCGCUGUGGUUCAUCGACAAGCAGGAAGCGCUACGGUUAUGUCACGUUUACGAAGAAGAAGUCGGAAACUCGUAUCCUUUCCUGACACUAUCAAGUCUGGUCGACAGCGCACAUAAGCUGUAUGACGCCAUGGAAGCUGGUUCUCGAUCUGGGUUCGCGUUUGCUUCACUUCCUGGACCACCACUUAUUACCGCUGACGAGAUUGACAUCUUACGACUUGCUCUUUCAUCGGCACUGACUAUUGAAACAAGUGGUUCAAGUGGACUUGGCAAUGCCUUAUUUGCCAAGGCACAAGAAAGGAUCUCAAGUAAGAUUUGGGAGUCUCCGUCGCUUGAGUCAAUACAACUCUUUACAUUGAUGGGAGGUCAACCUACCGCCAACCAUUCCUUUCUCUCCGGUGACGAUCUCCAAGCAUGGAGGCUGAUCGGAAUUCCUGCACGCUCCUGUCUUGAACUUGGGCUACAUCAAGCAGCCACGUAUACUACCAUGUUCAAAGAGCCAUUCGAAAGGAAACUGGCUGUUAGGAUCUUCUGGAGUGUGCAUACACUAGACAGGCGAUGGAGCUUUGGCGCUGGUCUUCCGUUUAUAAUCCAAAGCAAUGACAUCGAUUCAAACGUCCCGUGGCCAGAUGAUGAGGUCCCCUAUCUUCACGCCAUGGUUGCGUAUAAUCGGAUUGGCGCCAAAGUUUGGGCGACACUCUACAACGCGGGUAGCACAGUAUCCAACGUCCCCAGAGACGAGAUUGAGUUCCUCCAUUACAGCGUCGAACGUUGGUAUAAGGAGAUACCCGCGACACUUAAACUCCCUGAAGAUGGAGCGCCUGCUCUUGGUCGAGGUCACCAUCGCUUACAGAUCCUUCUGUAUUUGAGAGCUUGUCAGAUGAAGAUCCUUCUCCACCAGUCCGCGCUGCAUGCUGUUCCUCGACCCGCAAGGGAUACCUCGCAAGUCAAAAUGCUAGUCAGCAUCGCAAAGGACAUGAUUCAGAAGCUUCACCAUCUUAACCAAACUACCGAUAUCUACCAAACACAGCAAGUUUGCUUUAAUCACUUUCUGAUAUCUGCUCUUGGUGUUAUCUUCUUGGCCGUUGCUCUCGAGCCUGCUGUGUAUCGAGACAUCGUACGACAAGAGUUCAAUACAGCUCUCGAUCUGGUCCGGGGCUUCAGCAAGAGGUCAUAUGUCUCAAGGCGUCUGUGGAAGAUGAUACGCGGUUUACAACAAGCAGGCGUUCGGCUCGGCAUUUCCGCACCAAAUCAAGAGGGACGUAUCGCUCAAGCUACGCCCCAGCCCAAUCCUCGUCACACAGGCCGUAUGCCCAGUCCUUUAAUACUCGCUACCCCGAAUACGUCAAGGGCGUCACCUCAGGCCAGUGAGGCCUGGCUCAAUAACGGCAUCAUGCCUGAUAGAGCUGGUGGUUUUGGCACCCUCGACGGGAUGGAGAUGACUCUCAGCCUUGAUGAUUUUCUUACUGCUGCUGAGAAUGACCAUGGUCUAUGGGGCGCUUCGCUUAGUCCUGGGACAAGCGAUCCAUUGGUGCAAGGUACUUUGAACCCUAUAGACCUUGCAAAACUGGAUUUUAGCCAGAUGCUAGAUAACUUCCUGUGA